AUGUCAAACCUAUCGUCAAAUCUUGAAGUACCGAUAUACUAUCCAACGUUCGAUGAAUUCAAGAAUUUUUCGUCUUAUAUAUCAAAAAUCGAAUCAUGUGGUGCACAUCAAAUUGGUUUGGCCAAAAUCGUACCACCCAGAGAGUGGGUGGCUAGGAAAAUGGGUUACAAACAAAAGCAAAUUGACGACACAAUGGUACAGAAUCCCAUCAAACAAGAAGUUCAUGGAAAAGAUGGAUUCUAUUCGGUGUAUAAUAUUCAACAGCGAUCAGUAAAACUAAGUCAAUUUCAAAAAUUAACAUCGACCACGCGUUAUGCAACACCCAGUGCAAUCGAACAUGAUGUUUUGAAAUUAGAGAAGAAGUAUUGGGAGAAUCUAACCUCGAUCGCACCGAUUUAUGGAGCAGAUGUUAGUGGUUCGUUCUAUGAUCAAAAUCAGAAAGUAUGGAAUGUCAAUAAUUUGGGUACGAUUCUCAGCGAUCUAGAAACGGAAUAUGGCACAAAAAUUGAAGGUGUUAAUACAGCCUAUUUGUACUUUGGAAUGUGGAAAGCGACAUUCGCUUGGCACACAGAAGACAUGGAUCUAUACUCAAUAAAUUAUCUUCAUUUCGGUGCACCGAAACAAUGGUAUGUUAUUCCGCCAUCGUAUGGUAAACGAUUUGAAAAAUUCGCUGCAUCACACUUUCCGUCGUUGGCCAAACGUUGUCCAGCAUUUCUUCGACAUAAAAUGACUCUUAUCUCGCCAUCUAUUUUAACUCAACAAUCGAUUCCAUACAGUAAAAUGACUCAAUAUGAGAAUGAAUUUAUCAUUACAUUUCCAUAUGCUUAUCACGCUGGAUUCAAUUAUGGCUUUAACUGUGCAGAAUCUACUAAUUUUGCUUUAGAACGUUGGAUUGAAUACGGAAAACAUUGUCUACAAUGUUCCUGUCGUCAUGAUAUGGUUAAAAUCGGUAUGGAUCGUUUUGUCUUGAAAUAUCAACCUGAACUCUACGCUGAUUGGUGUCAUGGUAUUAAUGUUACAUCGCAUCCAGAAGAUGACUUUACCUCAAUAACUAACACAACCAUCGUUCGAAGUUCACCGACGAAAAGACGACUGCUACAAACUCCGAAUUCGAGAAAAGCUUCGACUGAUGUAUCAUCAUCUACCAAACUGACUCAAUAUCUUCAUCAACAACGAAUAUCUGAUCAACGUUAUGCACGCAUAUUUCGUAAUCUAGCUAAAUUUGAUAAACUAAAACAAUUGUCUAUCACUCAAUAUCCGAACCCAUUGAUUCGUGCUGCACUUUGCCGAGGUCAAUUUAAAUUGAAUAAAAAUUUCGAGAAGAACUCGAGGAAAUUAUUAUGUUUAACCGCAAAUCUUGCAUUUAACUUAUCUUCUUCCGUCUUAUUUCCAAUAGUUUUCCAUGGUUUACCACAAGCGAAUAAAUAUCGAGAAAACAUUCUUGAUGGUCUCUGGAGUUAUCAGAUUUUAAACAGAUCAUCCGAACAAUUGUUUAAUCAAUGGAUCAAAAAUCGUAUAUCAAAUUGUGCGAUCUGUUACCUUUUUACUGCCAAUAAAUACGACAAUCAACCAUCAGUCCCCGUUUCACAAUUAUUUCUACUAGAUGAUCUCAAUGAUAUGUCAAAUAGAAUACUCGAAUGCGAUGAUUGCCAUGUUUCUGUACAUCAACAAUGUUAUGAUCAAUUAUGCUUAGCUUUGAAUGUGAUUAUUCCUGAUGAGUAUAGCCCAUGGUACUGUCAAAGAUGCUAUUUAAGAAGACAGUCUUCUCAAAUACUUGAUGAUCAUUGUUCAGCUUGUAUAUUUCGUGGUGGUCUGCUUCUCACUUCGGAUGCAUCAUCAAGUUUUACUCAUGCUCUUUGUUCCAUAUACCAAGCAUACGAACAAUCUCCGCUAUUUCUAACUCAACGAAAUACUUGCCAUUAUUGUUGGUCGUUUUGUCCUUUAAAUCACCGAUGUAUUCCAACUCAUAGUUUUGUUUCAUGCAAUUACUCUCAAUGUUUCAAUCGAUUCCAUGUCACCUGCGGCCUUCUUAGCGGAUGUACAUUUCAAAUGGAUGAUGAUUAUUCAAUAAUAAAUACUCGUUGUCAUCUACACCCGAUCCCUCAUCCAUCGUCAAUGUCUGUCAACGGUCGACAUUCAGCUUCAGAUAAGAAUGCUUACGAAACACCAGAGCAUCACGACAAUGUAGUCGAUGAUGAACACGCACAUAACAACGACGAGGAUGAUGAUGAUAUCGUUCCCGAGAAUGAACGUAUACCAAUAGGCGCACGAGUUGUAUGGAAUGAUGAUAAGCAACGGAAGAUAGGUCAAGUCAUGGGCAAUGAAAUCAAUUUUCAUUAUAUCGUCGAUUUUGGCGAUGGAUGUUACAGUCACGACAUGCUUGCUGAAGAUAUUCUCGAGUUUGAUCCAACUGUUGAACCGUUGCCACUGACUACGGGUGCAAAUAUUCGUAUAAAAUGGACAGAUGGUGCAAUUUAUUCAUGUAAAUAUUUAGGCCGUAAACGUGUUCUUUUGUAUCAUAUAAAAUUUGGUAAUGAAAUUCGGCAAAUGCGUCGAAAUGAAUUUUUAUAUUCGAUGCAAUCAGGUUCAACGGUAUACAAACUUGAUCGGGAGCAUAAUUAUAGUCGCCGACAACCGUUAACCACAGGAACGAAGCGGAAACAACGCAAACAAAAGAAAUGUAAGCGUCGUCGUAUUAUCCUCUCUCCUUCGUCAAGUUCGUCAUCAUCGAUGACAUUGAAUGAACCUUAG